CUACUUCUCACUCCCCAUCAUCCUCCCCACUUUCACCGCGCGAUAAGGAGAGACGGGCUGGCUCUGCUCCCAUCGCACUUACCUCCCCAAAUCUCUCUCUUUUCCCCCCUCCCCAGUCAUCGCCCGUGUGUCGCGCGUUCCCGUCCACUUCCCCCCCGCGAAGGGAUUGAAGUCCGAGUCCGUCAUUGCGAGGGUCCAGUUCCCGCAAUUACAACCUCCAUCCCCCACGCCACAUACACCACCUACAAUCAACCUCACCCCCUAUCCACCAACCCGCCACAAUGUCCAAAGUCGUGCGCAGUGUCAAGAACGUGACCAAAGGUUAUUCUUCUGUUCAGGUCAAAGUUCGAAAUGCCACAAGUAAUGACCCCUGGGGCCCUACGGGGACCGAAAUGGCAGAGAUUGCUGCCUUGACGUUCAGCAGCCCGACCGAUUUCUACGAGAUCAUGGAUAUGCUGGAUAAGCGCUUGAACGACAAGGGCAAGAACUGGCGCCACGUACUCAAGUCAUUGAAGGUCCUCGAUUACUGUCUACACGAAGGUUCCGAGUUGGUCGUCACCUGGGCCCGAAAGAACGUCUACAUCAUCAAGACCUUGCGCGAGUUCCAAUACGUUGAUGAGGAUGGUCGAGAUGUUGGUCAAAAUGUCCGUGUUGCCGCCAAGGAACUUACAUCCCUCAUUAUGGACGAAGAUAGACUGCGCAGUGAGCGCUCCGACCGCAAGUUGUGGAAGUCCCGUGUGAGCGGACUCGAUGACCAAGGCUAUGGGCAGGAACCGCCGCGCCGUGAGCGGCGCGAGCGUCGCCGUGCGACCAACGAUGACGAGGAUGCCGAGUAUCGGUUGGCCAUUGAGGCAAGCAAGUACGAAGCCGAGGAAGAACGCAAGCGCCGCGCCAAGGAGGCUGGCGCCGAGGAUGACGAGGACCUGGCUCGGGCGAUCAAGCUCAGCAAGGAAGAGGAAGAGCUGCGCAAGCGCGAGUUGGAGGAGAGCAAUGCGCAGUCGCUCUUUGACGACACUCCUGUGCCGACUGCCCAGGCACAGCCCACUGGCUACAACCAGGGCUAUCAGCAGCAGAACGCCGUCGACUGGUUCGGCAACCCCAUCAAUCCUCAACAACCCCUGACCACGGGCUACCUGAACAACCAAUAUGCGCAGCCCACUGGAUUCCAGGGACAGAUGACGGGUAUGCCCAACGGAUACGCCAAUGGAUUCCAGGGCCAACCCUCCGCAUUUGAUCAGAACCCCUAUGGACAGCAGCAACAGCAGAACUUCCUGCAGCCGCAAGCAACGCUCCAACCGCAACACACUGCCUUCAAUGCCAACAACCCUUGGGGCGCUCCCGGCAGCACCGACUUCUUUUCCCAGCAGCAACAGCAACAGCAACAGCCGCAACAGCACCAACAGUUCCAGAAUCAGCAACCGCAGGACAACUUCCUGUCGACCGGCACCAACAACCCAUGGGCCACUAACCAGCAAUCGGCGGACGCGCUGAAGCCCAUGCCCACUGGAUCCAAUAACCCAUUUGCGCAGCGUACGCAGCAGCAGUUCCAGCCUAAGCCCGCACAGACUGGGCCCCCGUCCUUGAACACGCUGGCCGAAGAGCGAGCCACCACUUCGUUCAACCCAAUUGCCAACUUUCAGUCCCCACAGAACCUUGCACCGCCACAGCAGAGCUUCGGACCUCCGAAGAGCACACCCCCGCAAAUGCAAGAUCCGCACCGCGCCCAGCUCAAUGCGCUGCUGGCGUCCGGCGAAGGCCAGGACACUUUUGGCAACACUGGCGAUCUGCGUAUUCCUGCGCAGCACACCGCUCCUGGUACAUUUGUCAACUCCGCUGGUCAGGGUUUGGAUCGGUUACGGGCAACACGCACCGGCAACAACCCUUUCUUCGGCCAGCAGCCGCAGCAGCAGCAGCAGCAAUUUGUGCCGCAGCAGACGGGCUUUGCACAGCCAGCCAACAACCCUUGGGGCGGACAACAGGCGUACCAUCAACCUCAGCAGGGUGGCAGUUUGAUAGACCUGUAGAAAGAGGUGAUGCUACGCGGUUGGGAGAGAGGUUCGUGAUGGUUUUUUUUUUUUUUUUUUUUUUUUUUUUUGACAUAUCUAGCCUGAUCAGGCUUGGGUUUUU